AUUUCCUGUUUUUCAGCCAAUCAAAAAUUAGCUGUUUAGCCGCUAACGUCACAGCGCAAUGGCGACCACGGCGCUGAAGCCGAGCGGCGAGUCCAGUAAAAAAAUGUCCAGCGCUUCCGACUGCCUGGCUGUGCUGUUGGAGCUGCUAGUAGACUUCGGAAGAGAGCUCAACUUAGGCGACGCGGUGCUCAGAGUGAACGCCAACAUGGAUGCCGCGAGUCUUCAGUCUUCAGACGCAUCACAUGUUUACAGCUGUUUGCAGCAGCACAUCACUAACUUACAGACGGUGUCAGAAAGCCUGAGGACCCUGACGAAGGCUGACAGUCCCACAUUAUUAGCGACUAAGAAGGAGACUCCACGUGACGCCGUGUCCACGUCUGCUCCGGAAGACCCGACCCCGCCCGAGCGAGGCCCUCCCCUCCCCAACGCCAUGGCAGCUGCGUCAGGGGCGACCAGCGACGUCCUGGUGCAGAUCCGAGCGGGCAAGUCCGAGAUCGAGCGGAGAAUAUCUGCAUUUAUGGAGCGCAAGCAGAUGGAGAUCAAUGAAAACAAUGUGCGCGAGUUUUGCAACGUGAUCGACUGCAAUCAGGAGAACAGUUGUGCCAGAACCGAUGCAGUGUUUACGCCUUACCCGGGAUUUAAAAGCCACGUAAAAGUCACGCGGGUAGUCAACACGUACGGCCCUCAGACGCGCACGGGGGUCCAAGGAGAGGCCUUCGACCAGGCACGGACCUUGGCCACACGCGACUGCGGCAAUCCGGCCGUCGAGGAACGCCUCAACAACAUGGAAUUCCACCUCAAACUCCCGACAGCGGGUCCAGUUCCAUUGAGCGUCUACCAGAGGUUGAAAAAGCUGGAGGACCGUAUCCUGCAGUUAGAGGGACUCUCACCAGAAUACUUCCAGUCCUCAAACCUGGCGCACAAACGACUCAAGACUUCACCUGCUCAGGCCUGCAGCCUGACGGAGUUGGACGAAAAGAUAAACGCCGUCAGAGCGGCCCUGCGAAAGAAGGCCAACGAGUUCAGACCCGAGUACGGAUCAGAGUACCCGCUUUGACCUCAGCUGGAAUACUUGUAAAGUAGAUGGAUUGCUAUUAUGAUGCUGUCAGACUCACUUAGGGUGGGUUUACUUGUGCAAAGUCAAGUCCUUUACAAAAGGUAAACAUGGAACUAGCAGUUACACAGCGGAUAAGCACACAAUAGCACACAAGCCAGACAUAUGUAAUACGUCUAAAACAGCACAUUUUUCAAUAUAAACAAGUAUCAAAUAAUUUUUAGUUGCAUAUUACUUCCACUGUACAACAUUUUAUUUCGUAAUGAGCUUAACUUUGUGUAUUAUUGUGACCACAAAGUGUCGCGCCCUCAAAAAAUAUAAGCAUAAGUCCAUUCAAGAUGGUUUACAAUAAAUAGGUUACUGUUUUUCAUACCUACCAUUGUUCUGUUUGACUCAUAUCACUUAAUUCGACCUUGUCCAAAAUUUCCCUGCUGAUAUCUUAUCGCAUCAAAAUCAGCAUCGUAGCGGUAAGUCAAAUUGAAAUAGAAAGUGUAUUGUUACGUCAGUAUUUAUAAGCGUUCUAUCAACCAAAUUUAAGGUGCAUUUCGUUUGCAUUUACAGUACAGGCCAAAAGUUGGGACACACCUUCUCAUUCACAACACAACUGAUGGUCCCAACCCCAUUGAUUAAGCAAGACAUUCCACUCAUCAACCCUAAAAAGGCACACAUUUAAAAAAACAAAACACUUGUAAUAUUUACAAUAUUAUAUUUACAGCAAUAAUAAAAACCUCAUAUUUGUGGAUUGGUUUGAAGCAAAACGAUUUUAAACAUUGAAAGGUAAAAAAAAAAAAAAAAAAAAUCAGAUAUGACUUACUUGCAACAUGUUUGAGUUUAAGCAUUUUUCGGUGAAUCAGAUACAAUGUGAGUUUUUUCCAAAAACUGUCACAGUUCCAAAAUUAAAAAAUAAUGGAUCCAAAA